ACUAUAGAGCUCGGCUCCUACCAAAGGUGGCUGUAUCUCUCGAUUUAACAACUGUAGUUGUCAGUUCGGCUCGGCAUUCGGCGUUUAGUAGUUGCGCUUUCCGGUCAACUCCGUGUCAUCAGUUUCAAUAAACACGGUUGUUUAAUUUUUCGGUUUGCCGGUGAUAGGAUCAACACUAGUUUACUCUUCAGCUGCUAGACCUCCGAGUCGAAAGGACCUUUUUAUCUAAUACUAAGCAUGUAUACAAAGUUGGUUGUCAAAGUAAAGGAGUGUGGUUUUGUUAACAAUAUCGUCCUCUCAACUUCGAUAAUUUGUUUUGUGCUACAUACUCCGUGUGUCAGAAAAAAAACUACGAACUACUAGGAGUAAAAUCUGCAGAGAACUCAGUGCUUUAACUUGAUAUACCUCAACUUUUAAGGGCAGCUGCCGUUCCAUUGGGCGGAAGCGAGAAGCCAGGGCCCACCUGUGAUAAUUAGCGAUUAGUUUGAAGAUUUUUUCUAGAAUAGUAGAUAAUAAAAAAAUAGACAUGCAAUUACCGUUUAAGUACGACGACCUCUUAAAAGACGCUAACGGUCUAGUAGAGACCAAGAGUACAACAGUACAAGAGGUGGACAUGAAAGACGUGAUCGACCGAGAUAUAACCAAUUCGAUGAUGGACCGCGUUGAGGACUCAUCAUCGGAUUGGAUCGCCUCUGACUCCUUGGGAGACGAAAUAUACAACAAUUUGAUGGCGGCUGACGGCGGCAAGUUCUCACAGACCUUUUUCGACGACAUUGCUGCAGAAUUAGAAGUCGAAGAGACUUACGAUAGUUUGUUCGGAUGCACACUUCCUCCACAUUGGUGUGGUGCGCCGAUCUCAAACCCGAGAAAUGUCUUCAUCAAGAGCCACGACUGCAUGUGGGCAGGCCAUUGUGGCAGCGUCGAACACAAAGAUGACUGCGACAAGGCGGUACAAAUGCUAUGGGCCGGUUAUGUCCUUCCCCCACCUGUGCCUGUUCAAAUUCCACCUCAGGUCCUGGCACAAGCUGCUGCUCAACAGAGUCUUCUGAAGCCGAACCUGAGAAAUGCUGGAAUCCCAGUCAUCAACUUGAUUACUCCACAGACGCCGCCAAUGUCAGAUGACGAUCAGGAACAGAAUAAAAAGAAGGUUGCCAGAUUCGCUGGAGCAGCUUCCGACAUCGACGAAGCAGACCAAGACCUUCGCGACUAUUUCGGCUCAAAACUCGAAACGUUAGAAGAAGAAGAAGAAGAAGAGGAUUCCGAAGAAUCCUCUUCCUCCGAAGAAUCGUCGUCUGAAGACGAUAAAUCAAACCGUGCUGGCCCAAGUACGGCCAUGCCGAAUGUCACCUCGAUAAGAUGUAACUUGCGUGCUAGAGAAAACGAUCACAGUUACCAUAAAGACAAAAAUGCGUCUAUGAUCAUGUCGGAUCUUGGCAUUGACACUCCUUCAGAUUCAGGUGGGUCUACUCCUCCUCGGUGUGAAUCAGUUAAGAGCUUCUUAGAGGAAGAAAUCGAUGUUGUCUCCGUAUCUGAUAAGAAAUAUCCUGUCGGAACCAGAAUGGGCUAUAUUCCGCCUACAAAUCCACCAAAUGGUGUUCGUCGUAAUAUCCAGAGAUCUACCGAAACCGCCAUGAUCAACGGAACCCGUAAUAACAGAAAUGGCGUAAAGAUCAUGUUACCAACUAAAAGAAGCUCACCAACCAAUGACAACUAUCCACCGGCCAAAAGGAGAGCAACCGUCCCUGUCAAUGAGAAUAAGGGAAGAAGACCUAGACAAACUAGGGCUACCAACUCUAAUAAUGGUAGAAGGCGAUCAAAUAAUGGCAAUGACAGCGAAGGCAGCGAAAAUGAUCAUCUUCCUUCUGAGAAACGCAGUCUACACAACGAUAUGGAGCGUCAAAGACGAGUAGAUCUCCGUAAAGCUUUCGAAGAUCUAAGAAAGUUAGUACCUGAAGUUAUGAGAAAGGAGCGUGCUGCCAAAGUUGUGAUUCUACGUGAAGCUGCCAAAUACUGCAACAAUCUGACACGCACUUCGUUAAACUUCCAACAACAUAAAGUGGAUUUGGAAAAUCACCAAGAGAAGCUUCUUUGGAAGCUUUCAAAUCUGAGAAGAAAGGCGGCUAUGGAGAAGGGUGUUGUCUUCGAGGAAGAAAAUUAUGAUGACGAUUAUGAAGAUGAAGAGGAUUAAAGGGGUCCCACAUACUACAUGCUGUGAGAAUUCAAAUAGAGGGGUUGAAAAUUUUGAAUUUGAGAUCCUCAUUUGAUACUAUUUUAUUUGGAUUACAAUAUAUUCAAAAUUGUAAAAAUGUUACAUAUAUUUCAGAAAGCUUUGUAAAUUAGAGUCUUUUUUAUGAUAUGUUUGAAAAAACAUUAUACCAGAUGAUAAAAAUAUUGAAAAUUGUAAAAAUGUUUAACAAUUUAGCAAGCUUUUAAAAAAUUUCUUUAUACAUGUGAUUCCAAAUUUCUAUUCAUUAUCUUUAGUUUUUUAGCUAAUAUUGCAGUAUGAAGUGAUUGUUUCUUUAGAAAAAAUCGGUGAAAUUUGAAACAUAUGUUGGAAAUUGUGCUACUUCGAAACUGUAAAUUUGUACAGAAUUCAAAAUUGAGGUAACGAAUAUAAUCCCCCUAGAUUAUUGUGAAAUGAUUUUUCACUACCAAGAAAAAUUCGAGAUAUAAAGGAAAAUAUAUAUUUUGAUAGAAAUUAACUUAACAAAUAUAAUUCAAACAGUGAGAUAUUCAAUGUGAUUUUAGCUUGAUUUAAGUUCAUUUUUUAGGGUAAGGAUUAUGUUUCUAUAUUUUCAAGGCUUAUUGUACAGUGUUCUUUUUAAUUUCUUUAUCAGAAAAAAAAAUAAUUCAAUUUUAUCCUGUUUAUUCCGAUUUUUAUCAAUUUUAAAUUUCAUUUUCUUCUAGUUUUUGAUUUAUCCUCUAUUUUUCAAUGUUAUUUGACAAUAAUCAAGAAAUAAUGUUCAUUUUAGCUAAUUUUAUUUUUGCACUUUGCAUCUUUUUUUCAGUUGUACAAUUUGAUAUACUUUUAGCAAAUUGCAAUAUGUUUUCGUGUGUAUAUUUUUUAUGAUAAGAUAUAGUUGUUUUUUUUUCUGUAAAUUUUUUUUAAUAAUGUCAACUGUAGAUAUUUUUAUUCAGUCAGAGUUUUAUCUGGCGUUGUGUACAAAUACAUUUUUAAAAUCUUCAUUCAGUUUUGAAGAUGAAUUUUGGUUGAGCCUUUUUCUACUUACAAUUGUUUUGAAGAAAUCGUGCGUUUUUCCUGAAAGCCCACUUUCAAGGAAACUUUAUUAUAGUGCAUUGGACUAGUAAUGUGUGAAACAUACUCAAAAGAUUGUGCACUAAGUUGAAUUCUUCAUUGAAAAGUCAUUAUCUUUCUGAAAUCACUCUGAAGAGAAUUUAUGGCAAGAUUUUAUUAUGCCUGGAGUGGAAAGGUAUAAAGGACUUGAUUAAAUUUUGUAUUUAUUGCAACAUUUUUCACAUUUGAUUUUAUUUUAUUAUUAUUUUUUGUACAACAAUAAUUUCUUAUAUAAUUAAGCCUUUGUUCAAUCAAGGUACAAAUAACUAUGGAAAUGUUAAUUUAGUUUCUCCAGUCAUUUGUGAUUUCACUAAUAUCAUUUCCAAUAUUGAGAUAUUUGUACAUUUGAAACUUUGACUCAAUUUCCAAGAUAUUCAUAUAGUCUAAUGUAAUUUUAGAGAUUUAACCGUUCUGUCCCAAUUGCAAAAUGUUAUCACUAUGAUACACAAUUGAAUGGGAUCAGCAACUAUGGGUUCUGGCGAUAGCAUGCUAUUACAGCAAUAAUUGACUAUUGAAAAAAAAUUUUGAAUUCUGGAAAUUGUUUCAAACUCACUUUAAUGUUAUUUUUUUGUAAUUGAAGUCGAAGCCACCAUGACACAAAUCUGAAAUCUGAGUUUUCAAUGGAUGUAAUCAUCUUAGGAUUGUACCUAUAUACCUAGAUGUAAGUGCUUGACCUUCAUAAUAUUUAACAACUAUAUAUAAUGGGAAGAUUGUAAGCUAUUGUUAAUCUAAUAUUUAGGUAGAUAUGGUGGAUUAGUUAAUUGCACUAUUUCAUGAAGUGGGUGAAAUGUUAUAACUAAAUAAUUUUGUUUCCUUUCUCAGUUAAUAAUUGAAUAAAUAUUUUGAAUUUGUAUUACUGAAUGGAUAAGUGAACCGAUAGAAUAUUAGUUUUUGGUAUCUUUUUAAAAAAAAUUGAAGUUUUCCAUUUAUAUAUUACUGAAAAUCAUCUAAAACUCUUAUAAAUUCACAAUAAUUCAGUGUUCUAACCAGAUACUUAUCCAUAUGAUUCAGAUGUGAUAAUAAAAAAAAAAGGAAUAGAUAUUUCUGACAUUUGAAUAUUUUACUGAAUAUACAUUUCUUUUAUUGUGAAAUAUUCAGUUUAUUUAGUGUUUUGUUUUAGUCAUAAUAGUUAUUUUAUCAGUUAUUCAAUUAUUGAAAAUUAUACAAUGACAUAUGUUAGUCUUUCUAGGCUCAUAUGCACCGAAUUUGUUUUAUUAUUUAGUCGUAAGAUGAAGAGAAUUGUUGUGUUCAUAAAACUAUUUUACAGUAUUUUAUACUUUUGAUAAAUACUUGAAAAAUAGAAAAAAAUAAAAAAAACAAAAACAAAAAAAAUGUAAUCGUAUACUAUGAUUACCUCUGAUGUGAAAUGCAUCUAUUCCUCUGAAAAUAUAUAUAAAAUGAAAAAAUUUCAUUUGAAGCAAUGCUGAAAUUUUUAAUGAAAUGUCCUGAGGAAAAAGUAGAAAUGGAAAAUGUGCCAUAAAUUUUUAAUGUGCAUUUUUUAGUUUGUGUACGUAAAAUUUUUAAACUGAAAUUUGCUCAUUGUUUAAUUGUAAAAUAUUAGCAUUUGAAAGUGAAUCUCGAAGAAACUGAAUUGCAUCUACUUGUAUUUAUUGUUUAAGAGGAGAUGCUUUUCUUCUUCGUUAAAUUUUGGUAGCAUUCAAUAGGAAUUUCAAAUUUUUAUUACAGAAAUAGUGUGUUUAUCAGUUUUACAUAUCUGUGAUUUAACCUCGCGCUAUUGACCAAAUAUUUAGAAAUAGUUCUUGAGAAAAAAAUCACACUUGGUAUAUUCCCAAUAUGUUAACAGGGCAAUUCUCUAAGCUUAGCGACCACUUAUAAUUAAGAUUAUUUGUGUUUUGUUUUGAAUUGAAAAAUAUACUGAUAAUACAUUGUUAUAAAUAUCCGUUUGUACUUAUGCGUUUUCUAACAUUUAAGUUACACUUUUCAUGAAAAUGAUUUUAUAUAGUUCCUCAUCUAUAAGUUUUUAAAAUAAAAUGUUGCUUUAUA